AUGUUGGGUCUACCUCGUGUACUCCUGUUUUCAGUAUAUGCUACCCUGGCGUAUGCAAAGACAGUCACAUACGACUUUAGUGUAGGAUAUGUAACGGCUGCUCCCGAUGGCUUCACACGUCAAGUAAUUGGAAUCAAUGGACAAUGGCCUAUCCCUACCAUCGAGUGCGAUGAAGGCGAUACAGUACAAGUUACCGUCCACAACAACCUUCCAGACCAAACCACAUCUCUGCAUUUCCACGGCAUGUUCCAGACCGGCACCCAGGUUUACGACGGUGCCAGUGGCAUCGGCCAAUGCCCUAUCCAACCCGGACAGUCGUUUACCUACACAUUCAUUGCGAAUCCUGCUGGAACGCACUGGUACCACUCACACGAGAAGGGCCAGUACCCCGAUGGACUCAGGGGGAAAAUGAUUGUUCACGAUCGGGCUUGGGAAAGCAGCCUCGACAUCGAUCAACAGAUUUAUCUGUCCAUGUCCGACUGGUACCAUCGUACAGUACCGGAAAUGAUUGAAGAUUACCUGAGUCCAGAUAACACCGACGGCGACUUUGAUUCACCGGACAGUUUCCUCUUCAACGACACCAACCAGCCUUUUGACUUGAAAUUCACAGAAGGCGAGACGUACUUACUUCGUAUCGUCAACACGGCCGCCGUGGCAUGCGGCCAGUUCCACAUCGAAGGCUACACCCUAACCGUCGUCGAAGCCGACGGCGUACAGAUGGUGCCCAAAAAAGCCGACACCAUCAUCCUCUGCGCAGGCCAAAGCUACGGCGUCAUCGUCACGGGCAAAAAGAACCCCAUGGGUGCAUCCAACUGGAUCGCGCAAAUGCGAACGGAUAUGCUCACACGGCCCGCGCCCCCACUCGCCUCCCGCACCAUCAUUGGAAAGCUCGUCUACAGCCUCACCGACCUCCUCGGCCACCUAAUCGGCGGCCUCUUGACAAACAUAAUCCACUCGCUGACGCCGACCUGGACACCCACCAGCACGCUCGACGACUUCACUCUGCGGCCACUUGACGGCCAGAAACUGCUGUCCCCCGUCGACAACAACAUAGAAUUCACAACCAACCAGACAUAUUUCGAGGGCAUCGGAACGCGAACACCGCUUAAUGCUCAGCCUUGGGUUCCACCACAGGUACCUUCCCUUUACACGGCACUCACAACCGGUAGUCUGGACCCCGCGACCUACGGCCCAGGCGUAAACCCCUGGAUCAUCCGCUCCGGUCAAAUCGUCCAGAUACACAUGCAAAACCCACAUGCUUACCCACAUCCCAUGCACCUCCACGGCCACGUCUUUCAAGUCGUCGCUUCAGGCGCCGGGACGUGGGACGGCAUCGAAUCCAAUCUUCCAGCCGUGCCCGUCAAACGCGACGGCCACGUUGUUCCAGCGAAUGGGUACGCGGUUAUUCGCUUUAGGGCUGAUAACCCUGGUGUGUGGUUUUUUCAUUGCCAUAUUGAUUUACAUCUUGUGGGCGGCAUGGCGGCGACGAUUGUCGAGUCGCCGGAUUUACUCCGAGCGAAUGUGCCAGAGGCGGGCGUGAAGCUUUGUGAGAAGGGCGGGUUCAAGGCGGGUGGGAAUUGUGCGGGGGGUGUGGGGGGGAUUUCUGCCGUGGAGGCGGGGGUCAAGUGUAAUAAUGUUUUUAAUACUAGGGUUGGGAGUGCGAAGGUGGGGUCAUCAGGGAGGAACUGA